GGAUGGCGAAGAACCGGAAGUGCUAAAGUCUCUGAGGGCAAGGCCGCUGCUGCUGCCGCCGCUGCUUCUGAGUGCCGCGUUCGGCGCCUGUGUUGUCACCGGCGCCGCCGCUGAGGAAGCCACUGCAACCAGGACUGGAGUGGAGGCGCCGCAGCAUGAAGCGGCGCAGGCCCGCUCCAUAGCGCACGUCGGGACGGUCCGGGCGGGGCCGGGGGGGAAGGCUUGGAUGGUGAGAAAAGGAAAGAUUCCUGUGAGAAGAGCAGGAUGAGCAGAGGGAGUCUGUGCUUGAAAUUGAGUCACUUGAAAAAGAUCUCUUUGAGUGUGGAAGAGAUCUGAGCAGAUGAAAAUAAAAUCAGGAAAAUGCAACAUGGCAGCAGCAAUGGAAACAGAACAGCUGGGUGUUGAGAUAUUUGAAACUGCAGACUGUGAGGAGAAUAUUGAAUCACAGGAUCGGCCUAAAUUGGAGCCGUUUUAUGUUGAGCGGUAUUCCUGGAGUCAGCUUAAAAAGCUGCUUGCUGAUACCAGAAAAUAUCAUGGCUACAUGAUGGCUAAGGCACCACAUGAUUUCAUGUUUGUGAAGAGGAAUGAUCCAGAUGGGCCUCAUUCAGACAGAAUCUAUUACCUUGCCAUGUCUGGUGAGAACAGAGAAAAUACACUGUUUUAUUCUGAAAUUCCCAAAACUAUCAAUAGAGCAGCAGUCCUAAUGCUCUCUUGGAAGCCUCUUUUGGAUCUUUUUCAGGCAACACUGGACUAUGGAAUGUAUUCUCGAGAAGAAGAACUAUUAAGAGAAAGAAAACGCAUUGGAACAGUCGGAAUUGCUUCUUAUGAUUAUCACCAAGGAAGUGGAACAUUUCUGUUUCAAGCUGGUAGUGGAAUUUAUCACGUAAAAGAUGGAGGGCCACAAGGAUUCACGCAACAACCUUUAAGGCCCAAUUUAGUGGAAACUAGUUGUCCCAACAUACGGAUGGAUCCAAAAUUAUGCCCUGCCGAUCCAGACUGGAUUGCUUUUAUACAUAGCAAUGAUAUUUGGAUAUCUAACAUCGUAACCAGAGAAGAAAGGAGACUCACUUAUGUGCACAAUGAGCUAGCCAACAUGGAAGAAGAUGCCAGAUCAGCUGGAGUUGCUACCUUUGUUCUCCAAGAAGAAUUUGACAGAUAUUCUGGCUAUUGGUGGUGUCCGAAAGCUGAAACAACUCCCAGUGGUGGUAAAAUUCUUAGAAUUCUAUAUGAAGAAAAUGAUGAAUCUGAGGUGGAAAUUAUUCAUGUUACAUCCCCUAUGCUGGAAACAAGGAGGGCAGAUUCAUUCCGUUAUCCUAAAACAGGUACAGCAAAUCCUAAAGUCACUUUUAAGAUGUCAGAAAUAAUGAUUGAUACUGAAGGAAGGAUUAUGGAUGUCAUAGAUAAGGAACUAAUUCAACCUUUUGAGAUUCUAUUUGAAGGAGUUGAAUAUAUUGCCAGAGCUGGAUGGACUCCCGAGGGAAAAUAUGCUUGGUCCAUCCUACUAGAUCGCUCCCAAACUCGCCUACAAAUAGUGUUGAUUUCACCUGAAUUAUUUAUCCCAGUAGAAGAUGAUGUUAUGGAAAGGCAGAGACUCAUUGAGUCAGUGCCUGACUCUGUGACGCCACUAAUUAUCUAUGAAGAAACAACAGACAUCUGGAUAAAUAUCCAUGACAUCUUUCAUGUUUUUCCCCAAAGUCACGAAGAGGAAAUUGAGUUUAUUUUUGCCUCUGAAUGCAAAACAGGUUUCCGUCAUUUAUACAAAAUUACAUCUAUUUUAAAGGAAAGCAAAUAUAAACGAUCCAGUGGUGGGCUGCCUGCUCCAAGUGAUUUCAAGUGUCCUAUCAAAGAGGAGAUAGCAAUUACCAGUGGUGAAUGGGAAGUUCUUGGCCGGCAUGGAUCUAAUAUCCAAGUUGAUGAAGUCAGAAGGCUGGUAUAUUUUGAAGGCACCAAAGACUCUCCUUUAGAGCAUCAUCUGUACGUAGUCAGUUACGUAAAUCCUGGAGAGGUGACAAGGCUGACUGACCGUGGCUAUUCACAUUCUUGCUGCAUCAGUCAGCAUUGUGACUUCUUUAUAAGUAAGUAUAGUAACCAGAAGAAUCCACACUGUGUGUCCCUUUACAAGCUAUCAAGUUCUGAAGAUGAUCUAACUUGCAAAACAAAGGAAUUUUGGGCCACCAUUUUGGAUUCAGCAGGUCCUCUUCCUGACUAUACCCCUCCAGAAAUUUUCUCUUUUGAAAGUACUACUGGAUUUACAUUGUAUGGGAUGCUAUACAAGCCUCAUGAUCUACAGCCUGGAAAGAAAUAUCCAACUGUGCUGUUCAUAUAUGGUGGUCCUCAGGUGCAGUUGGUGAAUAAUCGGUUUAAAGGAGUCAAGUAUUUCCGCUUGAAUACCCUAGCCUCUCUAGGUUAUGUGGUUGUGGUGAUAGACAACAGGGGAUCCUGUCACCGAGGGCUUAAAUUUGAAGGCGCCUUUAAAUAUAAAAUGGGUCAAAUAGAAAUUGAUGAUCAGGUGGAAGGACUCCAAUAUCUAGCUUCUCGAUAUGAUUUCAUUGACUUAGAUCGUGUGGGCAUCCACGGCUGGUCCUAUGGAGGAUACCUCUCCCUGAUGGCAUUAAUGCAGAGGUCAGAUAUCUUCAGGGUUGCUAUUGCUGGGGCCCCAGUCACUCUGUGGAUCUUCUAUGAUACAGGAUACACGGAACGUUAUAUGGGUCACCCUGACCAGAAUGAACAGGGCUAUUACUUAGGAUCUGUGGCCAUGCAAGCAGAAAAGUUCCCCUCUGAACCAAAUCGUUUACUGCUCUUACAUGGGUUCCUGGAUGAGAAUGUCCAUUUUGCACAUACCAGUAUAUUACUGAGUUUUUUAGUGAGGGCUGGAAAGCCAUAUGAUUUACAGAUCUAUCCUCAGGAGAGACACAGCAUAAGAGUUCCUGAAUCUGGAGAACAUUAUGAACUGCAUCUUUUGCACUACCUUCAAGAAAACCUUGGAUCACGUAUUGCUGCUCUAAAAGUGAUAUAAUUUUGACCUGUAUAGAACUCUCUGGUAUACACUGGCUAUUUAACCAAAUGAGGAGGUUUAAUCAAUAGAAAACACAGAAUUGAUCAUCACACUUUGAUACCUGCCACGUAACAUCUACUCCUGAAAAUAAAUGUGGUGCCAUGCAGGGGUCUACAGUUUGUGGUAGUAAUCUAAUACCUUAACCCCACAUGCUCAAAAUCAAAUGAUACAUAUUCCUGAGAGACCCAGCAAUACCAUGAGAAUUACUCAAAAAAAAAAAAAGCAUUAACACCAUGUAUUCAUACUACCCUAUUUUCACUUUUAAUAGUAUUAUAAACUUCAUGAACUUAAUUAGUGUAUUUUUACAGUAUACUUUUGAGUUUGUUAAAAUAUGAUAUUAGUGAUUGGUUUGGUUCAGUUCCAGAAUCUCUGACUAGUUACAGAUUUGAUAGCACUUAAAUGUAAUUGAAUAGCUUAUGCUUCAUUGCUUGGGCAUAUCCAGCAUGUUAUGAACUAAUAACUAUUAAACUUGACUUAACCAGUCAUUCAUUAUUGAUUUUUCAAGGAUAACUUAGUGGCCUCCUAAAGACACUUGUUUUGGCACUGACCAGUUUUUAGCCAAUUUAAUCUGUAUCUAAUAUAAAUAAUUCUCAUUUUUCUUUGAUGAUAUUAACGGAGUGGGCUUUUCCUUUUGCAUAAAGGCUAGUAACUGUAUAUGUAGCAUGGAUUUAAUUAGUCAUGAUACUGAUAAUUACAGGCAGAAAAUUUUUAAAUGAUUAGAGCUUAAAUAUUUGCAGGCAAGUUUUUUUUUUUGUUUUUUUGUUUUUUUGUUUUUUUCCUUUAAGAAAAGGAAAAAGUACACAUUCACUAGAAUUCUUCAGAAAAUGUAGUGGUGCCAGUUUCCAUUUAGAAUUUCCUUAUUAAAAUAUUCUAGAAUUUUAAGGAGAUUGAAGGGAAUCACAGUGGGGUGGGGAGUCCUGGGUUUGGGAAAUGACAGAGAGAAGAGGUGGUGAGGGCCUGAUUAAAAACUAAGCAGAAGUAGUUUUAACAAAAAGACUCAGGAAAAUGUUUGGAAACUGAAAUUUAAACAACUAGAAUAUUAAGGAAACCAGAAUCAAUAAAUCACUGUCUUGCCAGCACAGCUACAGAGUAACAUGAUUCAGGGGAGGAAACGUUCCUUAGAGUUACUUUUAUAAUUCUUUUUUUUUUUUUUCUCUUAGGUUUAGAAAUCCUACACAUUUAAACUUUAUCCUUUUAAAAUUAUUUGAACAUAAUUUAGAUAUUGUAAGCUUAAAACACAAAUGUUUACAGAUAACCUCUUUACCAUAAACUAAUCCCUGGCAAGCCAUGGCUCUCUUUUUUUUGGUGUUUAAAGCCUAUAAACAGUUUUCUUGAAUGAUCAUGAACUUUUCUUGGUUUAGCACUAGGAUUUAGCUAUGAAGAGAGCUCAUAGGCUUUCAGGUGCUAAUUGAGAUCUGCCCUGUUAGAGUCUUGGGGUGCUAGAUCGGUCACGUUGACACCGGUGGCAGGGAAGGCAUCUAUGAGUUUGAUGCUUUUUAUCACACACUUCAGUGUUUAGAAAGUUAUUACCAAUACUUUUAAACAACACUCCAAGAAAAUUUGCUGUGUUUCUUUCUCAUCACUACAGAGAGAGUAGAUUUCCCCAUAGAGAGCACAGCCUUCAUUAGUAAGGUUGGUGACUACUGGUAAGAGGUGGACUUCAUUGACGCCAAGUGGGAGGUAGGGAAAGCCCAGAAAUGGCAGGAUGACAUGGUGGUUCUGUCGUUGGGAAAGGUAUUGGGUUUUGCUGUUUGUGUUUAUACUGUAUAAUAGAUAUCACGCUUUUUCUUAUUAUCUGUAUGUGUAUUGCUUUUCGUGUUUGAUAUUUUCCCAUGCCAAGAUUUGUUUAUAUAUAUUUUCAAUGUUAAAUUAAAUUGAUUUGGGUAACUUUCUUUCCCAAGAAAGUAUUUUCCCCUUUAAGUAU